AUGGACAUUGCUAUAUCCUAUGUUACGGAAGUCAAUCAGUCUCUUAAUGACGAUGAACUCAACACUGUUAAAGAAAACCUUCAAAAAUACAUUGACCUUGAAAUCACCGACGAUGAGCUUGAAAAAAUCGUUGUACCACUUGUUAAAUCCUCUGAUCCUUUUCAGAGAAUCCGAGAUAUCAUUUCUGUUGGAAGUGAACCACUCAGCGAUUUCUCGUUAGCUGAAGAAAAAGCUUCAAGAAGGAGAAGAACUCACUCCUGGAGUGCAAGCGAAGAUAACAGGCUUAUUUUUGCUAUCCAUCAUGACGGAUUUGGCGGCUGGUCAAAGGUUGCCGCUUUUGUUGGAAAUGGAAGAACUCGUAGUCAAUGCUCUCAAAGAUGGCAUAGAACACUUGACCCAAGGAUCAAUAAAAACAAUUGGUCUUCCGAAGAUGACAAAAAAUUGAUCGAAGCUGUUCAGAAGUAUGGAGCAAAUACAUGGACAAAGGUCGCAAAAUAUAUUGGUGCCAGAACAGAUGUUCAAUGCCGUUAUAGAUAUCUCCUUAUUCAGAAGCAUGAGAAAAAUAUUAAGAAACUCUCUUCUGGAAUGAAAACAAAGCUUGUUUCUUCACAGAAGUUAAUGAAACAGAAGAAAGAUCCUGUUGCAGUUAAAACCGAACCAGCAACUCCUACUACAGUUUCAGAUGAAUCCGAUAUUUUCUUAGUUGACUCUGAGCCAAACUUCUUCGAGUUCAAUAUAUCAUUUGAAGAACCAAUUUCUCAUGAUGUAGCUGAGCCACAGUGGAGAAACAUUUUUGAUAUCGAAGACUCAAUGUCAUUAUCAUCAAACUACGAUAUUUACCUUCAAUGA